AUGUUACCAGAUGAUGAUGACGAUGUUUCAAACACCACAAAGAAGAGACAACAAUCUAUCCAAAUACCGGAUGACCUAAGCAUCCCCUUCGACUUACUCUCACCGAAACAGAAACUAUACAACUUGGGAAGGUUGACAAGUGUAAAUGAAGUGUUGAUGUUCUAUGAAACGCACAAAGGCAAGGCAUACUCUAGUUUCUCAGCAUCAGCAAAGUAUUAUAACUUGGUGAUGACAAGUCUAAAGAGGAUGGGCGUAGAACAUCAGGUGAUGGACCGUGUAUUCAAGAAUUAUCAGAUGGUACAACAACCGAAGGACUCACCAGAGGACAGCCAGUUCGUCUACAACACAUACAUGUCAUACUAUUGCGACCUGGGCGAAGUGGGCAAAGUCGAAAAGAUCUUCAAGACCAUACCAAACCCCGAUGUACACAGCUAUACAAUCUUGAUUACCACAUAUGUCAAUGCAUCAAUGAUUGAUCAGGCCAUCAGCACAUUGGCACAACUCAGUAAGGUUCACACACCUUCGUCCGCAUCGUAUCAAUCACUUCUGGUCAAGCUGGCCGAGGAUGGAGACUUUUCACAAUGUUAUCGCAUACUCAAACAGAUGGUCCAGGAUGGCAUCGAGUUGGACCGGUCAUUCUAUGCAUCACUGCUGCCACGCGUGGCAAAGGAUCCGUCAGGACAGGCCGUCGACCUGUUGUACAGCCAAAUGAUCAACACCAAGAGCGUAUUCAUUGAUGAUAGACUAUUCCGACGAAUGGUCGAGGCCCUGGUUAAGUCGGGCAACACUGAUCGCUCUGCACAGGUGAUCCAAUUGUACGAUUCAUUGCUGCCACGCUCCGAAAAGUACUUGACCAGCGUCACAUUCUAUUACAUCCUCAGGUGCUGUCCCCUUGACAGGGCAGAGCAGCUAUGGAGAAAACACAUUGGCGAUCAAGGCUCGGCACACUAUAUGACAAAGUUCAACGUUAGACUAUAUGCCAAGAUACUUGGCAUGUUGCCAGACCCUGGCACUCAAAAGAUAACUCAACUGUUCAGACUGGCCCAGAGCCGAUUCGACGAAUUCAACAACAUUCCAUUCUUCUUCAAUCUCAUCUUACACGCGCACCUCAAGGAGAACAAUAUUGGCCAGGCAUGGAUAAUGUAUCAACUGCUCGAGAGACAAAAGAUAAUCAACACCGAAACCUAUCAUGCGAUGAUCAUUUACUGUGGAUUCCAUCAAAACUAUCUUGGCGAUCGACUUGCCGACUUUGUCGACGCUGGUGGCGGCGUGGUCCUCGGCACCUACUCACACUGUGGCGGCGGCAAUCGUUUGGAGGGAAGAUGGAUGAAGGAGAAUUACGAUCCACUCAAUGGAGGAGUCACCAGUCGCACAUUCCAACUCAAGUUGGGUCAGAUAUCUCUGGAGAAUCAUCCUGUCCUGCAUGAGGUUAAUAGCUUUUGUGGUGGCAGUCAGAGUUCACAUGGAGAUGGUACACUGGCCAAGGAUUCGGUACUCAUUGCUUCAUGGGAGAAUGGACGACCACUCAUUGCCGAGUUGCCCACAAAGAAGGGCAAGAUCAUAUCACUCAACUUCUAUCCACCAUCAUCCAACUCUGUCACUGACAGUUGGCCAUCUAACUCUGAUGGUGGAAGGCUCCUUUCCAAUUCACUCAAGUAUGUCAAGAAUGCCAAUUAUUGA